UAUGAGUUGAUGUAAACAGAGCACGGACCACCACCCUGUACCGAUGUCAUGACUAACAUAACGUGUCAAUUGCUUCAUAACAAAAUUAAUUGCAAUGGCACGAUAUUCGUGGAAGAAGAAGAACCACUCACAUACACCGAUGAAUGGUUCUGGAUUUACCUGGGCAUUUACGUGGGUCUUGUGCUGCUUGCAGGUCUGAUGUCAGGGUUAACUAUGGGUCUUCUCUCUCUGGAUCUGAUGACCCUUAAAAUAAUGAAGGAUGGGGGAACCCCAAAACAACAGAGACAGGCCAAGAAGAUCCUCCCCAUCGUAAAGAGACACCACCUUCUCCUUGUCACAUUACUGCUGGCUAACGCCGCCGCGGUGGAGGCCAUGCCAAUCUUCUUAGACAGAAUCUCUAGUCCCGUGAUAGCCAUUCUUGUUUCUGUCACUGCUGUACUUAUAUUUGGAGAGGUUGUUCCACAAGCAAUAUGUACCAGAUUUGGACUGGCCAUUGGAGCGACAUUAGCCCCCAUUGUUUACCUGCUGAUGGCCCUCCUAUUUAUAAUAGCCUGGCCACUGUCCAAGCUCUUAGACUGUGUUCUGGGUGAGGACCACGGGACUUUCUUCCGUCGAGCCCAGCUCAAAGUUCUGGUAGAUCUGCAUGGUCCUAACUCUGAAGCCAAUGUACACCACACACAGGAUGAGGAUGAUGAUGAACCUCUGUCCAUUGACGAAGUUCUAAUAAUUAAGGGUGCCCUUGACAUGAAGAAUAAAACUGUGAAGGAUGCCAUGUUGCCGCUUUGUGAUGUGUUUAUGGUUGAUGCAGAUGCAGUGAUGGACAAAGCUACUAUGUGCAAGAUUCUCCAUCAGGCUCACUCAAGAGUUCCUGUGUAUGAACAUGAUGCAAGUAAUGUGGUAGGUCUCCUGCUGGUAAAAAACUACAUCAUGUUAAACCCAGAGGAUAAGACCCCAGUCCGAGACCUACUGAAGAAUGAAUGCACGACAAACCUGAUGCAUGUCAAUGAUGACUUGCCACUCUAUGAUCUAUUAAAUAUGUUCCAAACAGGAAAAAGUCACUUAGCAUUUGUGAGAAAACACACAGAAAUAACAGAGACAGUUGAAGGUUAUGAAGUGGAAUUUCUGCCAGAGACAAAUGAGAUCAUUGGAAUAAUAACCUUGGAAGACGUGAUCGAAGAAUUAAUUCAGGAGGAGAUAAUUGACGAGACAGAUGUUUACAUAGAUAUCCACCAAAGAAUUCAGGUCGCCAGGGCAAAGGCCAGGAGAAAUAUGCUUAAUCGACUUCACUCCCUCGAACAUGACAGGAGUAAUCUCCCUUCUGCCAGUAACCCAACUGAGUUAGAUGAUUUAGUGAGUGGUGACUUAUAUAUGGUCUCUGUUGUCUCCCUUGAUCUCCAGUAGCUUUAUAGCAUGAUGUCAGUUAUAAUUUGAUGUUUUGUUUAUACUUAGAAAGCAUAAGCUUAUAAAUCUCUAUGAAUCU